UGGAGAUCCGGUGAAGGUGAAUCAGACGCAGAGAGAUAGGCAGGAGAGAGCACUUAUUACACGAGUCUCCUCCUCGUCACUACACCUCAGCUGACAAGUGGAGCAAGCCCGCAACUUCACCGCUGUCACGCAACUCACCUCGUAAGGGACAGACAGAGGGAGAAACUCGUAGAGACGCGUCAAGAGUUUCCAGAAGCGACCAUAGCCUGUGACGACGCGGAAUCCACAAGGCUAUGGACAGGAGGAUGAACUUGAACGUCGGCGCAGGGGAUAUUUUUCACAAAACUCUCAGCGCCGUGUCCAACAAAAAGAUGGACCCUUUCAGAUCGUCGGCUGGCAUUGAGCUUCCACCCAGAGACCGCCAGUCGCCAAUCAGUUGUUUUGACCAGGCUGAGCCAGACCCGAUUCAGCCGGGAGGACUGGUAGGAGGUAGAGGGGGAACACUGGGUCUGCCGACCGGAUCUUUGUGCGUCAAGUAUGGGGAAAGCGCAAACAGGACUUCGGCAGCGGAGAGCAGCGGUGGAGAGCAAAGCCCCGACGAUGACAGUGACGACAGGUGUGACAUGGUCCUUCUGACCGACGGGCGGACGGUGAGCGCGGGGAAAUCUGAAGGAGGUAAGAAAACCAAAGAGCAGAAAUUACUGAGGCUAAACAUCAACGCCAGAGAAAGACGACGGAUGCACGAUCUAAACGACGCGCUGGAUGAGCUCAGAGCGGUCAUCCCCUACGCGCACAGCCCGUCGGUGCGGAAACUCUCCAAAAUUGCCACUUUGCUGCUCGCCAAAAACUACAUCCUCAUGCAGGCGCAGGCACUUGAGGAGAUGAGGAGGCUAGUGGCGUAUCUCAACCAGGGACAAGCCAUUUCUGCAGCUUCGAUACCGGCCACCACUGCCCUUGCAGCCCCCGGUUUGGGCGCGUACGAGCAGCCGCCUGGAUACCCCUUCCCCACUGGAGUGGCUGCGUCUUCCUGUCCCGAUAAAUGUGGCCUGUUCAACAACGCCGCCUCCAGCCUCUGCAAACAGUGCACUGACAAGCCUUAACUGCACCCGACAAAGACUCCGAGAAGCACACGAGAGAAAAGAUCCCACUUUUGAGGACACUUUUGGAAAGAACAAAAACAAGUGAGACUGCUGUUGUUGAAGUCACUAUAGAGACAAAAGUAAUGCCGAUUAAACCUUUUAUAAUAUUUACUAAAUGCAUUAAAAUGCGCUUUUUUGUUUAAACAAUACUUGAUUGUGUAUAUAAAUAAUCCUUAAAGUGCUGGUAUGAAUGACAGUAAAGACCAAACAGAAGCAGAUGGCAGCCUGUGAAGGCUGCAAGUGUUGCUGAUCACUUGCUCUGAGAUGGAUCCUUUUUUUUUUUCUUUUAAGAUUUGGGUGACCUGACAACUUGCGACAUUUUCACUUGAAUAUAUGGACAGCUUCCCUUAGUACAACCUCACUCUAUGCUGCUUUCUCCUUGAUUUGCGGUUACUUAUUUAUUUAUUAUUUUCAUUUACCUCAAAGACUAGUUUUCAAUCAAAGGCCCGUUUUCGUGAACUUUUUUUUGAGCACGUGGAAUGUUAUGAAGAAGAAAGUUAAAACAGCUAAGUUAAAUGGUCCAAUCAAACAGAAAUUUAUGUGCUGAUUUAGACACUUGUCAAUAGCUGCGCACGCAAACUACAAUUAUUUUUUUUUAGGCACUGUGAUUAAAUAUUCAUUAUAAUAAAUUAAGAAAAAUGCUAAAAACCUGAAUCAAGGUUUAACAGGUGUUUCGAUGUCUUUUUUAACUUAUUCAUUUGGGUAUUUAUGAUAGAUAUUUUGCUUGCAUUGCACAUUGUUGUAUACAAAGUUGAUGUGUUUGCGUUAUUUUUUUUCUUCAACAAGAAGUCUUCACAUUAAUCGCGUUGUCAGGUCAGGCUGUGGAUUACUGUAGAUACCUUAGUUAUUCUAUGAGCAAAGAGGGCCGUUUGUAUGUAUUUCAGUGUUGAAAGCUUUAUUAAAAUAUUUUGAACAACAGAAACAAACUUCUAAUUAUUCAUUGGAUGUCAGUCAGUGUGAGUGGUAUCAAAGAAAGUUGUUUAAAAAAACACUUUUUUCAUAUUUGACUAAUAUACGUAAUGAUAUUUAGUUUCUAUGUGCUUAUUAUAAAUUAAGGCCAUCAGAUAGUGUUGUUCCUUCACCAGGUGCCAAGCACAGGAGAUGUUUAAAUUAUUUUCCACUUCCAAAACUGAUAACUUUUUCUUUUUCUGAGUUACGACAAGUCUUGGGAGCGAAGGCCAGACGUGGUGGUUGAAUAGCCUGGGGCUCGAGGAAGAAAAGAAAUCAGCUCUGGUGACCUUUAUUGUGAUUAUUAGAACGAUUUCCAUGACGGUGUAAAAUAAUGGGAUAAUCUAAAAACAAGUGUGUACAAAAACUGUUCCGGUAAUACCUGGAUUCACAUAAUCGUUGAAGCAAUUAGAGCUCCAGAGUGUGAUUAAGAAACGCAAUUACGACCGCGCGCUUUGCCGCAAUUUGGAGUCUUUAAUCACAACGCAGCCAUCAGCUGCACUCGGAGCGACUCGCCCUUUGUCCC